AUGAAACAUGAAAAAUCAAAAAUUAAGAAAAUAAUUUUCUAUAAGGAAGCCCUUGCCCAGGAUCCACAAAAGAGCACGAUAAUCUCGAACAAACCCGGUGUCAAAGCGCAAAUUUUCGGCAACAACCAUCGAAGCUCUCGAAUUUUGAUCGGACUCAACGACCAGAACCCAUCGUACCACAAUGUGUACAUCUACGACCUACUGACUGAUUCGAUGACAUUACAUGUGAAAAAUGAUCGUUUCCCAGCAUUCGUUGUAGACAAUGACAUGAACAUUCGUCUUGCGGUACAAGAACAACCGGAUGGUUCAUUGAUGUAUUUGAGGUAGGC